AUGUGGGAGACGGGCUUCGCAGCCACCAAGGCUGCCACUGUACCUUGUCUGACGGUGAAGAAGAGCAGUUCUUGGAAAUGGCAUGCUCGCGUCUUCGCCCUCGCUUUGGCAGCCAUGCAGCCAGCCACCGUAGCAGCGCAUGUGUUUCCUUAUGUGCCGACUCAGAUUUUCAUGCCAACCGCUUGUCUCAACCAGUCUACCUGCGCUGGCGCCGAUUUAGCAUACAUUUUUUCACAGAGCGAUGAUGGGAAUGUGCAAUUCUCCUCGUUCAACUACUCAACCAAUGUGGCGGCUGACGCUCAGCCCUCCUCAAUAACGAAGAACCUGCCAUUCCUGAAGGAUCAACCGGCGACGACGGCCUUUGGAGCUGCGAGAACGAGCAAUGGGUCAGUGGUGGUGUAUUCUGGAGCUUGCGAUGGAACCACGGGUUCGUUAUGGAGUUUUUCGAGCGACACGGCCGAUGGGGGGAGCGGCACUUGGUCGAAAAGGACGACAACGCCUAGUAAUUCUGCGAAAGGAAGCUCGCGAGGACCUUGUUUUCUCGGUGGGACUCUGGCAUUCUCCUCGAAGCUUGCACCUACGAUGGAUCAACCGACAAUUUAUACGUAUGGUGGUAUGUGUCAUGCUCCCAAUACGAGUUCUGAGACGUGGCAAUCUAGUGCCAAUUACACAAAGACGAUGAUGAGCUUGGCGCCGAACAGCCAGGCUGUUGAUACGGCGUACUCUCUCAGCGUGGCAUCUACGGCUGGACCCAGAACACCCAUUGCUGGAUUCACACUCACGCAGUUACCGGCUUCAGUGACGAACAUCUCUGGCUCCAUUACGCAGCAGGCUGGAUUUGUGCUGCUAGGCGGCCACACUCAGCAAGCGUUUAUCAACAUGAGUACUGCUGCGGUGUGGAACCUCCCCGAGCAGUCGUGGUCGUAUAUCAAUAUUGGUGGGCCGGGUGGCUCGAACGGAAACGAGUUGGUUCGCAGGGAUACCCAAGAAAUCGAGAGUCGAUCGGGGCAUACUGCCGUGUUGACGGAGGAUGGCUCGUCGGUUGUCGUCCUGGGAGGUUGGGUUGGCGACGUGAGCAACCCUGCUGAACCGCAGCUUGUGGUUUUACAGCUCAGUCAAACGUAUAGUUCUUGGAAAUGGAGUGUCCCGCGAGAACAGCCUGGCGGAAAGGGGGUGUAUGGACACGGAGCAGCGAUGCUACCAGGUAAUGUGAUGAUGGUGUAUGGCGGUUGGGAGACAUCAUCCGCAGGCGGAACCUCGAAACGACAAGCUUCGUCUGGUGGACCGCGUUUUCUCAAUGUCACGUCCAUGUCGUGGUCUAACUCAUAUACAAACCCUACACCGGGCAAAAUGCCAAACGGGAACGGAUCCCACGACGCUCCGGGUGCUGAGGAUGAUUCUGCGCAGUCUAGGCGGCUGGGGUUAGGGUUAGGACUUGGCCUAGGUCUUGCGCUGUUGUUGGGGCUCGUUGUUCUGGCUUUCUACUGUUGGAGAGUGAGGCUCAAGAAGAGACGGGCGUCUAGGAGGGAUGAAGCAGCCAAGGCAAUGGCACAGGAUGCCCGGUAUUUCAGCCACGAUACAGAUGAAAUGAUGGAACGGGAUGACGGACCUCAGUGGCAUUUGCCUGGGAGUGAUGGGUACCAAGGUGCCGCGGCGGACAGAUCUGUAGGGUACGAAUCUCUUCGGGGAGCAAGGACAUCGCUCGAUGAUGGACCAGGACGCGCAAUUACGAGGAAGCCGGUUAUGAGCCGCGCAAUGAGAGGCGGCUAUGCACCUGCGGAAUCUCGCUUUAACGCCUUCGUCUCACCACCGGGACGUAUCCAUCCUAUUCUGGAGGACGACGAGGAUGAAUAUCACAAUGCGCAUCAGCAUCCGGCAGAACCACUUACACCAACCUCAGAUGUUCACUCAGAUCCCUUCCUCACCCCAACAGCCACGGCGCCUCCCGUUUUAUUCGCGCCAAGUAACCGAUCUUCUGCUACACCUAGUCCCGAAGGGCAUCGCCACUACGACCCCGACGUCCAGGACUGGGUAUCUGACGUGGACGCAGCUGAUUCUCUAUUAGACAAGUACAACACUUCACGCCAGGGUCGUAUAUCACCUACACGGAAGAACUCGACUCGGUCUACUGCUCUACGAGAUGAUGAAUCCAGAAGCGGCUCCAACUUGUCAGAAUCGAAUCGCAGUGCGGCAGAUAGUCUGCGCAGGUCGCAGUCGAACCGCAAACCAUCCAGUUUCUUCGGCGGUAUGCUUCUAGGGGGUGAUCAUCCCAAACCAAGCAGCUCCUCUUCAAGCAGCUACAACACUGCAAAGUCAGGCUUUGGACCACUACAAGCCGAGGGUCCUGCUCUCCUGGGCCGUACCACGCCGACCAGUGCCGCAAACGCCUACGACGACGAGGACUUCAUCUCACCGCCGUCACCUUCAAAAACAAAACCGCGAAGAAACUGGCUCGGGUCACUGACGCGUGUGUUUUCGCAGUCAGGCGGCUCAGCGCCCAGAGGGUCCCCCGAGCUCUCACCCAUACGCCCGGAGAUGGAGCAAUACGGCGGAGAUUACGAGCCCCGAUCCGGUUUGAAGGGCGAGCUUCUUAGAAGGAAGCAAGGCCGCUUGGAUUGGGAAGACGGCGGCGAAGGCAGCUCUCGUGGGGCGGGAGCACAACCCGAAAAUGAAUGGGAUAUAGAACGCGCCGUGGAGCAGCGCCUAGUGCAAGUCAUGUUCACUGUGCCCAAGGAACGGUUACGCGUGGUUAACGGCGACGAGGAACCGGACACGGAUGCAGAGAGCUUGCACCAGAAGGGGGCGCGGCUCAAGGAGAUGGGGGAGCUGCACGAGCCGCAGGUAGCAGAGCUGGUAGACCCGGAUAAGUCGUCGGAGUCGACGGGCGAGCACGAGGAGAGGGGGAGGGAGCAGCACCAGAGGCCGUAUUCUCAUGUGGAGGAUCCGGAGCUGUUGCAUGUGGAUAUUCCGGAGGGGAGGUUGAGUCAUUCGACUGAUGAUUCGGGGAGGAGGUCGUCGGGGGCGGUGUUUAUGGCUGAGGCGGUUACAUUUGAGAGGCCGAGGACGAGGGUGUUGCAGAUGGUGGAUACGAUUGAGAGUCGGAGUCAGAGUAAUAGUCCGACGAGGGGGGAGUGA